AUGAUCCCAGCUGUGGGGGAAGUGGAUGAGGUUGAAAGAUUGGGUAAUGUUCUAACGGCUGCUAUUGAUCGAUUUCAUAAUCGAUUUCAAAUGAUUCAUGAAGAUUUAGAAAUAUCAAUUGAUGAGAAUGUUCAUAAUGAUGAUUUGAAUGAAGGUGGAAGAGAUCAACCUCAAUUCCAAUCAGGAUUGGAAUAUGAUGAUGAGGAUGAGGAAGAGGAGGAUGACGAUGAUGAUGAGGACGAUAUUGAUGAUGAAGAUAUUUUAGGUCUAUAUAAUGAUGAAUUAUAUCAAUCACCAAAUAAUCGACAUCCAGUCGAUGCUGAUUUAUUUUAUAACGACAGAAGAAAUACAACUGAUGAUGAUAAAGAUGAUAAAGAUGAUACAAAUGAUCAUAUUCGUAAUGUCGAUAAAGAUUAUCAUUACGUUCGAAUCAUUCAACCUAAUCCAUCACGAAAUCAAUCAUCAAUUCGAAGAAGAAGAUCAUCCUCAAGUUCAACCUCAGGGAAAUAUCCCAUAAACAGUCAAAAUGCAUAUCAUAACUGGGAAAGACAUUCCCCAUCAACAAUAGUUUCUACUACAGACCAAUCUGAUUCAUCACCUCGUUUUCCUGAUCAAUUCAAUUCAUUCGAUCCAUUCUCAUUACUUAUCAAUAACUCAUUAUUAUCUCAACAAUUCAAAGACUCCCUACAUUUGAAAUCAAUCGGUACAGAAUCAUUAUUUCAAAUUCAAUCUCUAAAGACAUAUAAAAAUAAUCUAUCCACUAUAAUAAGAAACCCUCAUACUAAUGAAGAUUAUUUAAUUAUUGGAUAUAAUUCAGAUAUAUUAGUAUAUGAUUUUAAUUCAACUACAAAUUUACCUUAUAAGAUCCCCUUGUUCAAAUUCGAUACUAAACCGCCAUUCACAACCACUACGGAUAGAUUGAUUUCUACAUGGCCUUAUUUCCCUCAUACCGUUAAUUUCAUUACUAAAUUUGAUGAUUUUAUUGGAUCACAGGGGAUUGUUUGUGUAUGUUGUGAUGAUGGGAUUUUAUAUAUAUAUGAUAUCGAAUCAAUCAUUACUAAAGCUAAUGAAUUUAAAUUGAAAAGACCUCAACAAUUUCAAGAUCCAGCUACUAUCCCAUCCAAUAAAAUCCAUUUUAAACCUCGAUUUAAAGUACGAUUAGAUGCAUCUAUUUGGGGAUUGGAUUUCAAACAUUACAAUGGUAGCUAUAAUGUAUUCAUCAUAUCGGAUAAUUCUCAAAGUUUAACUUUAUUAUAUUAUGAUGAAUUCGAUCAACGGUUUUAUAAUGUUAAAUCUCAUCAAUUAUUACAUAACAUCCCUGAAUGUUCCAUAAUCCUGGUUAAUAUCAAUCAUGACACAGGGACUCAUGACGUUAAAGUUUCAUGUGGAUCAAUAUCAGGAGAAUUGAUUAUAUUCCAAUUUAAAUUCAAGUUGAUUCAUGGUCCUGUAAAUAUUCAUGAAUGGGAAUUUUAUAAAGAUCAAGAAUAUCAUUAUGUUGAUAAAGCGAUUGAACAAUUAGAAAAUCGAAAUAAUAUAAAUUUCAAUAAUGCAAAUAUCAUUAAUAUUUCAAGUUCGAAAUUCAAUCGAGUUAAAUUUAAUAAUCCUACUGUGAUUGUUCGAACGGUGUUAAAUGAAUAUUGUUGGACUACCAAAGUGAUUAAUUCAAAGUAUUUCAAAUUGGUUAAUUCAAUUAAUGAAUUGACGGGAGAUUUCACUAUAAAUUCAAAUGAAAAAUGUUUUGAUAUAAUUAAUGAAUCUAAAAUCUUAAAUCUCGAAUUCGAUCCUGUUAAAUCAUCUCAUUUAGGGUUAGCUUCAAAUUGGCAACAUUUUGAAUGUAAGACAAUUAAUUUAUCAAAAUUAUCUCAUUCAACUAUGACUUUACCUCCAUCUUCACCUCAUUCUCAUACUCUAGAUUCAUCAAUCCUAGCCACUUUAGAUGAUGAAUAUAAACGAAUUCAUAAAGGCGUACUAUCUCAAUAUACCCAUAUGAAAGGUAGACCAUUACAAAAAUCAAUCAAUAAGAAAUCAUAUUUAUUAGAUGUUUCUCAAGAUUUACAAUCAUUUGAUAUGUUAGUAGUAUCUACAGGGAAAAAAUUAGGAUUGUUCCGAACUGAUACUUUAUUCUGUAGUUGUUCAACAAAGACCAUGUUUGAUUUAUCAAUUCCAUCCAAUGAUCAAUCGAAACCGGCCAAUCGAAUCUCCAUUACUCAAAUCAUACCUCAAUUACAAUGUGUGGUAGCGAUAUCCCAAUUAGGUCUUGUAUCAAUCAUGAGAUUAUGUCAAUAUCGAGGAUUAUACGCCAUGAGACAAGAAUUCGUCUUCCCUAAUGCCUUCAUCUUGGCAUUUUCAAAUUAUGGUGGACAUCGUACUAUAGCGGGUUUUUCAAUUCGGGAUAAAUCAAGUUCACCACAAUAUCCUCGAUUUUUAUUAUAUAUAAUCUAUACGGAUGGAUUCAUAUUGACUUAUGAAUUAAGUUUAAAUGAUAAUAAUGAUGAUUUAUUAGUUAAUUGUUUAUAG